AGACGGCAGAGUCAGGAGCUUGGCCGGGCAGGAUUGUCCUUCGGAGCUUAGCAGCCGUGGGCUCAGCAUCCCUGGCCGGCGUCCAGCGCCUCCCUCCUCUCCCCUGUCUGUCUCGUUCUCUCUCUCUCUCUCUUUCCCCGUCCAUCCAUCCAUCCAUCUCUCCAUCCGUCCACCUGUUUGCCUGCCAGCUGGCGAGACAACCCCAGGAGAGUCUGGAUCGUCCACGCUGAGACGGGAAAGCCACCAAGAUGGGGUACGGCCGCUCAGACAGCUACCGCGUGGCGACCACUCAAGACAAAAAUGACGAGAAGGACUCACCCAAGAAGGGCAAGAAUCAGAAAGCUAAAGACAUGGACGAUCUUAAGAAGGAAGUGGCGAUGACCGAGCACAAAAUGUCCAUAGAAGAGGUGUGCCGAAAGUACAAUACCGAUUGUGUGCAGGGUCUGACCCACAGCAAAGCCCAAGAGAUCCUGGCUCGCGAUGGCCCCAACGCCCUUACCCCACCACCCACCACUCCCGAAUGGGUGAAGUUUUGCCGCCAACUCUUUGGAGGGUUCUCCAUCCUCUUGUGGAUCGGAGCUAUCCUCUGCUUCUUGGCCUACGGCAUCCAAGCUGGGACGGAGGAUGACCCAUCUGGGGACAAUCUGUACCUCGGUAUUGUCUUGGCUGCUGUGGUCAUCAUCACGGGCUGUUUCUCCUACUACCAAGAAGCCAAGAGCUCUAAGAUCAUGGAGUCCUUCAAGAACAUGGUGCCUCAGCAAGCCCUGGUCAUUAGGGAAGGUGAGAAGAUGCAACUGAAUGCCGAAGACGUGGUGGUUGGGGACCUGGUCGAAGUGAAAGGUGGCGACAGAGUGCCAGCUGAUCUGAGAAUCAUCUCAGCUCAUGGAUGCAAGGUGGAUAAUUCCUCCUUGACUGGUGAAUCAGAGCCACAAACACGGUCCCCUGACUGCACCCACGACAAUCCCUUGGAAACCAGGAAUAUCACCUUCUUCUCAACUAACUGUGUGGAAGGCACGGCACGUGGCGUCGUCGUUGCCACGGGCGAUCGCACUGUGAUGGGCCGCAUUGCUACCCUGGCCUCGGGCCUGGAGGUCGGGAAGACCCCCAUUGCCGUUGAGAUCGAGCACUUCAUCCAGCUGAUCACGGGCGUGGCCGUCUUUCUGGGGGUCUCCUUCUUCGUCCUGUCCCUGAUCCUGGGCUACUCCUGGCUGGAAGCGGUCAUUUUCCUCAUCGGCAUCAUUGUGGCCAACGUCCCCGAAGGUCUUCUGGCUACAGUCACCGUGUGCCUGACGCUGACCGCCAAGCGCAUGGCCCGCAAGAACUGCUUGGUGAAGAACCUGGAAGCCGUGGAGACUCUGGGCUCCACCUCCACCAUUUGCUCGGACAAGACGGGAACCCUGACGCAGAACCGCAUGACGGUUGCCCACAUGUGGUUUGACAACCAGAUCCAUGAAGCUGACACCACCGAGGACCAGACUGGCACAGCCUUUGACAAGAGCUCUCCCACCUGGGUGGCCUUAUCCACAAUUGCGGGUCUUUGCAAUCGAGCGGUGUUCAAAGGAGGUCAGGAAAACGUGCCGAUCCUUAAGCGUGAUGUGGCCGGAGAUGCUUCGGAGUCGGCCCUUUUGAAAUGCAUCGAGCUCUCGUCUGGAUCCGUCAAACUCAUGAGAGAGAAAAACAAAAAAGUGGCCGAGAUCCCCUUCAACUCCACCAACAAAUACCAGCUCUCCAUUCACGAGACGGAAGACCCCAAUGAUAACCGUUACCUGUUGGUCAUGAAGGGAGCCCCCGAGCGCAUCUUGGACCGAUGCUCCACCAUCAUCCUCCAGGGCAAAGAGCAGCAGCUGGAUGAGGAGAUGAAAGAAGCUUUCCAAAACGCCUACCUGGAGCUAGGAGGACUUGGCGAGCGCGUGCUGGGUUUCUGCCAUUAUUACCUGCCUGAGGAGCAGUACCCUAAGGGGUUCGCCUUUGACUGUGACGACGUCAACUUCACCAUCGACAACCUCUGCUUCGUGGGACUCAUGUCCAUGAUCGACCCUCCCCGAGCGGCCGUGCCCGAUGCUGUCGGUAAAUGCCGAAGUGCUGGCAUCAAGGUCAUCAUGGUCACAGGCGACCACCCAAUCACAGCGAAAGCCAUCGCCAAAGGAGUCGGCAUCAUCUCGGAGGGCAACGAGACAGUGGAAGACAUUGCGGCUCGUCUGAACAUCCCAGUCAGUCAGGUCAACCCCAGGGAUGCCAAAGCCUGCGUGAUCCACGGCACGGAUCUGAAGGAGAUGACGACAGAUCAGAUCGACGAGAUUCUACAGAACCACACCGAGAUCGUCUUUGCCCGCACCUCCCCGCAACAGAAACUCAUCAUUGUGGAGGGUUGCCAGAGGCAGGGUGCAAUCGUGGCCGUCACAGGGGAUGGAGUAAAUGACUCCCCAGCCCUGAAAAAAGCUGACAUUGGGGUGGCCAUGGGCAUUGCCGGCUCCGACGUCUCCAAGCAGGCGGCUGACAUGAUUUUGUUGGAUGACAAUUUUGCAUCCAUUGUUACCGGAGUGGAAGAGGGACGCCUGAUCUUUGACAAUCUGAAGAAAUCCAUUGCCUACACCUUGACCAGUAACAUCCCGGAGAUUACGCCUUUCUUGCUGUUCAUCAUGGCCAACAUCCCCCUGCCCCUAGGGACCAUCACCAUCCUCUGCAUCGAUCUGGGAACUGACAUGGUGCCUGCUAUCUCCUUGGCUUAUGAAGCAGCUGAGAGCGACAUCAUGAAGCGUCAGCCACGAAACCCCAAAACUGACAAGCUGGUGAAUGAGCGACUGAUCAGCAUGGCUUAUGGGCAGAUUGGGAUGAUUCAGGCGCUGGGCGGAUUCUUCUCUUACUUUGUGAUCCUGGCCGAGAAUGGAUUUCUUCCCUCCGUGCUGGUCGGCAUCCGUCUGAACUGGGACGACCGGACAGUCAACGACCUGGAGGAUUCUUAUGGGCAGCAGUGGACUUAUGAGCAGCGCAAAGUUGUGGAAUUCACCUGCCACACCGCCUUCUUUGUCAGCAUCGUGGUGGUUCAAUGGGCCGACCUGAUUAUCUGCAAAACCAGAAGGAAUUCAGUCUUCCAGCAGGGCAUGAGAAACAAGAUCCUUAUUUUCGGGCUCUUUGAGGAGACUGCCCUGGCGGCUUUCCUGUCAUACUGUCCCGGAAUGGACGUGGCACUGAGAAUGUAUCCCCUGAAGCCUAGCUGGUGGUUCUGCGCCUUCCCGUACAGCUUUCUCAUUUUUGUGUAUGAUGAAAUCCGCAAACUCAUACUGCGCCGUAACCCAGGAGGAUGGGUGGAGAAAGAAACCUACUAUUGAGCCUCUUCCUCGGUCUGUUGCUGGUGUCUCCUCUGCAAGGGGGGGACACCCCCCCCUCCAAAAUCCCACCUACCCCUCCGACGACGAGCGCAAAGCCAGGACCAUCUUCUCGGACGCCAAAACAACAAACCGAGUCCCCGUCCCCAAACCCCCGUCUCCCCAACUUUGGGUGGCUGAGACCGGGAACGUGUCCUGUUUCAUCCUGUCUGCAUGUCCCAGGUGGGGGGUGAGGGGGAGGGGCACCCACCCAGCCCCUCCCUCUGUUCUCUGCUCCCUUCUUUUUUCGUUUUUUGGGGAACAACCCGGGAAGACAAGCCGGCGGGGAGAUCCGAAUGAAAUGGAUUCUCCUCUGCGAAACUCUCGUGUUGGAGCCCUCCCCCUUUUAAAAUUCCCUCCCCUAGCUGGGAUAGAACCUGGGACCAGCGGCAGCCCAGAAAACAAAAAUGCCUCGGAUAUGUGAGCCAAAUGCGACAGGGUUACUGUUAUCUGGUUAGCAGUAGUCGAGACUUUUCACAAACAUCUCCCACUUGGCGGGUGACCCCCCCCCCCCGGUUCUCCUAGCAGUUCUUCUCAAUCCCGGGGGGCAUGGAUAGGGUGCUUGAGUGUGUGAGUGUGUGUAAAUACGUGAGAGUGUGUGGGGGGAAUGGAGGCCAGAUGUGGGUUAGCCCCCUCUACUGCCCUAUCGAGCUUCCCCCAACUUUCCCCAUUCACAAUUUUCCGGGACCUGUGGUGUUGGGUGCUGAGCACAAAGGGAGGGGGGAGGGGAGACGAACCUAGCGAGAACAAAAAAAAACACCGGGAUUACACGCCGCCAGCCCCCCCCCCCCCCACCGCCAUCUCUCCUGCCCAACUCUGACUUCUGCUAGAUGUGUAAAUGAAACCCAGGAAUCCAGAGUCCUCUGUGCAUGUACAAAGUUGCUCUUUUAGGACCAAGACAGCCGCUUUCUACCGUUUCUUCCCUCUGUGUGUGUGCAUGGGGGGGGGGGGGAGUCAUUGUCAUCCUCUUAUUUCGAAAGAACCCAUGGAGGGGAAAGGGACCCCCCCCCCACUGGUGCUCAACCACCAUCUCCUCCCCCCCCCCACAGGCAUUUUCCCGGUACCCCUGCCUUGCCAGCCGGCCCAGAGCAGAGGGGACCACAGCCAUAGUCCCCUCCCCAGGGGAGUUUGCGCUUCCUCAUCUGUCUUGGGGGGGGGGAGGACGGGGAGGGGGCUCUCUGCCUCCUGACGGGGUGAGGUGGCUGUACCACCCUGUGUCUUUCCCCCAACAUACUCUCUUAAUUUCUUUGUGUUUUAGGGUUGGGGAAGGGGGACAGGAGGGGCCCACAUUUGGAGGGGGGAGGCAUACUGUCCUGUUCCAUCUUCCUCUUCCUGUUUCGGGAAUAGUGUUGUUGUGUGAACCAACCAAAACAAGGAAAAAAAAAAUUUAACGAAUAAAAACCAGAAGUGGAAUAUUUAAA